AUGAGCCCAAAUCUAUACACCGCUUUCUUUCGACCAUCACCACCGACCGCCUCCCAUGUGUUCUCCCAGGACGAAGAACCGCCCGAAGCCGGCGCUAGACACGUCGCGCUUGAUAGCAGCUCUCCACAAAAUACUCACAGGAGGAUCCUCAAGAAGCAUGCUCAUGACCAUAGCUAUGACCAUGACCGUACGCGCAGCGAGAGCACCAUCAGCUUUCCUCGCCCGCCCUCCGCAGCGAAGGAGCAGCCGCGCGACUCCUCGAGCAAAGUUCGCAGCUUGAUGGACCGCCUGCGCAGCGCGUCGCUGUCCAUCACGUGGGCGGAGAACGAGCACAAAGCGGCGCGUCCGAGUGGUCCGAGUGGACUGCAGCAGGCCUUCCGCUCGGCCUGGAAGCGCGCGGUGGCGCUGUCGGGGCGGCAUACGCCGAAUUCGAACGGGGAAGCAAGAACUGGACCCACGGUCAUUAGGACGCCGAUGGAGGCGUUCGCGGACGAUGCCUCGCUGGCAGCUACGCUCACGAUUCCCGCACCUAUGGGUCGCGCGCGCUCGCAGUCGGAGAGUGCGCCGAGGACGACAGUGUUUCUAGCAGGCGAACAAACUACGGGUCCGCUCUUGACGACUACGAAGGGACCAACCAUUGUUCGAACUGCCGAGGAAGCGUUCUCGCCAGAGAAGAGCGACCCUACAUCUCAAGCGCCCGUAUCCAAACGACCCGGGAUACGCUUGAAGCGCUCGCUGACGCUGCCGCCUCUACGUAUCACUACUAGGACUGCGAAGAACGCUGUGACAGCGGAGCCGCACACAUCUCUUCCAGCUCGCAAUGCCGACCGCGCCACUAGGCAACCACAUUCCGCACCUGCUGCCUCUCGAAAGUCCAUGGCUCCUGGGCCAUCUUCAGACGGAGAACUCCGGAGCCCCGUCCUGGUCGAAAUGCAGACACCCGACCGGGGCGAGCUGCAGAAACACGGCCUAGUCGAACUCCGGAACCGCGUUCAGGUCGAACUGCAGAAGUUCAUCCAGCUCAUCGGUCUCGACAAGCGAGCGUGCCUGCAGAUACGUCCGGCGGUGCUGCCUUACCGUCGGGUACGGCGAGGCGCGCUAGCGUGGCGAGGCCAGCAGUUGCGCCAAGGGAGGCGCCUCUCCUCUUCACUCGGCACCCAGGCCGUCCCCUCGAGAAACGAGACCACCGACAGCGGCGCAUACCCGGGCGACAGCGUACGCGCCGCAGACGCCCAAAGUCACCUCCGCACUGCGUCGAGCGUCAACGACAGCGCAUCCGGCCUCGGGCGCGACGACACAGAUCACGCCCUCGCGGCCCAGGACACGCUUAGCAGAAGCUGUUCCGGCUGCGCGCCCUUCUGCCGAGCCCGCGCCGACGGUCGCGAGAACUCAGCCUUCGCCGUCGCCAGCGAGGAACCCAUCACCUGCGAGAGCUCGACCUCCGCCGACAGGAACUCAGCCCGUACCUCCGCGCGCGAGAAGCCAUCCCACACCUGGGCCAUCGCCCGCGCGCCCUUCUGCCGAGUUUCGGGGCGCGCCGACGGUCGCGAUAACUCAGCCCACACCUUCGGCCGCGAGAACUCAACCUGCACCAUCAUCCGCGCGAACGCAGGCUGCGCCGUCGGCGACGAGGGUCCCAGGCGCACAUAG